AUGGACGAUGUUACGCGGCGUUUACUGCAGAGGAUUGUUCGACGGAUCCCGAGUCAAAUGCUUCGCCCUAUGCUUGAGAAAUGGGGUCGUUUACAACAGAAGCAGCUGGGGUCCAUCGAUUUCAGCCUGCCAAAGAUCGCAAUAACAGAACAUCUUCUCUCCAUUUGCCAGGAAAAGGGCUGGGGCACUAAACACAUCACAGAAUUGGAGUUGUUGUACGUAAUUGACAAUCCAAAUGUUGGACUGUGGCAUGCCUUCCAACUCGUUGACCCAGAAGAUGAUGCCCUCAUGGUUGAAAUGAUGCAGUUUAAGGAACAAUUUAAAUCCAACCUCAAUAAACUUGUGCAAAAUGUGUCUAUCAAAUUUAAAAAACACACAGAUGAAGCGAUAUGGAUCCGGCUCGCAUGGGGUGAAAGUUUUUCCAAACCCAAUCAUUUUACUCCAACAUUUGUAGUUCACCAUCUACAAUCUUCCUACGUCUUCAUGAACAAUGUAAAUUCAAAAAAGAAGCCGUUGUUAUACCAGGCGUUGGUUCUUGCCACUAGAUACCAAUCAAUAAAACAUGCAAAUCUCAGUGGACGCAAGCUCCAUGGUAUCCGGGAUUUGCUCAUGAAACAAUAUGAGCAGGUGUUUCCAUCAAAGUUUCCCAGCCACAUUCCAGAAAGAACAGAGGACAAAGAAAAAGCCAACAACCCUCUGAUUGAACGAGAACAGUCAGCGUCGUCUUCAAACCGACUUCAAUUGGCCUGUGAAGCAUUUGGUGAAGGAAAGUUACCUGAAAUACAGUCUGCCGUUUACAGGCUGGAGACUAAAUUCCGAGGGCAAUCAAAAAACAUGGCACAAAGUAAAGAGCCCUUCAAAUGCGUUGUAACGUUUUCAAGCACCAACUUAUUGGAGUCUUUGAGAAACUGCGCAUCGUCAGGGAUCGCUUCGACUCCAGUCGUGCCUUCAGCUACACAUGUGACCUACAUCUGCGGCUGUGUUUACGGCCUCAGCGCCCAUCCCUUCAGCCGCGUGCGGUUUGGGACAUGGGGCGUCACUCCAAAAGGCACGUUGCAGACAAGUGCUCAGAGCUACCCAUUCUCAGUUUUUGCUGUAGAGAAUCGAAGACGCAGACGCUCACACCCAGAGUGA